GCGUCAUUACCACGCGGGACUGACUGCAAGCAGGCACCUCGCAACAAGCUUUGGACAGCAUCAUCCGGUUCUGAUGGAUCACAAAUGCGAACAAGAAGUACAAGGAGAGAAGAGUGAGGAAAUUGGCGGUGAGGGACCCAGGCCCUGGUCCGGCCCGUCACACAGCUGUCCUGAACCAGCAACUGAAGCUGAGGAGGGUGAAGCUGAGGAGACGGAGGCUGAAGCUGAGGAGACGGAGGCUGAAGCUGAGGAGGGUGAAGCUGAGGAAGAGGAGGGUGAAGCUGAGGAGGUAGAGGGUGAAGCUGAGGAGGAGGAGGGUGAAGCUGAGGAGGUGGAGGGUGAAGCUGAGGAGACGGCAGCUGAAGAAGUGCAAUCAGGGGUCCAGGAAGCUCCGGAAAACUCCCAGUCAGAGCCUGGGUCACAGUCUUCACCCCUAGCGGGUACGGAGGUCCUGCAAACAGAAGUUAUGCUCCCUGCCCCCCCCCACACUGCGGGGCAGAUGAAGGUGUCCUCCAGGAAGAGGCGGAACGCCAAACCUGGAGAUCCUGCAAACACCCAACGCACACCGCCCCCGUUUAUCUACAUCGUCCUCCUGUUCCUGUUUUUCGUAUCUACCGUUAACUCCAAUCCUAUCCAUGCAAUGCAGGGUGCACUCUGCCGGGACCCAGAAAGCGCAAAAAAUGUCAGCAGAAUAUACAAAGGUGAUAAGCUCAUAUGGUCAAACUCAUAUGGUCGAAUCAAAAACUGCAGCAAGGACAACCUGAAGCCAGAUGAGCCAUGUUGGCUGCCGAAUGGAAGCCUUGUGGUACAGUCUGACCAGCGCAUUUCCUUUGAAGGGAAUGACAGCCUUUCAGGUGGCAUGAAGGCUUUCCCCUCCGAGACUGUGUUCUGCGCUGAUCUUGACCUGCCUCCCGGACCCAAGUCUCUCCCCGCCCCAUUGAUGAAUACUACCGCCAACACCACAAGCCCAGACACCGGGCCUCCGUCUGAUCGUGCUGCAAUUUGGUGGAGUGUAGGAGGUGUCGUUAUCACAGUCGUUAUCACAGUCGGUAUCGCUGUCGUCAUCGGAAGGAAGUGCAGAAAAAAGGUGUUGCCCAAAACUGGACAGGACGGGUCCUCAGAAUGCUGCGCCUCCUGAUGGGAACGCCGGGAACGAGAACGAGAGGAGUCCUCUUAAAAGUCCAUGUGAAUGGAAAUGUCACAAUGGAAACAAUCCAAUUAGUGUGACACCAGGUUCAGGGACCAUCGUCAUGAUUUUGAUAUGUUUGCUGAUCGAAACAAGAGUUUGUCCUCUUGUUUUUCUUUUCUAGUUUGUAGUUUUUCUUUACCCUUCAUUGUUUUUCUUGAAUCAUAAUUUCUUCUGAUUAAGGAUUUGUUUGAUAAAUUGCUUUAUUGAAUUGCUUAUUUAGUUAAAUGCCUAAUUUAAUUUGAUUACAUUACAUAUCAUUUGGUUGAUGCUUUAAUCCUAAGCAACUUACAGUUGAUUAGACUAAGCAGCAGACAAUCCUCCCCUGGAGCAAUGCAGGGUUAAGGGCCUUGCUGAAGAGCCCAACGGCUGUGUGCGGAUCAUAUUGUGGCUACACCGGGAUUAGAACCACCGAUGUACCUUAACCACUACGCUACAUGCCAAUUUAACUUUAAUUAAAAUCCUUAUACUUAGUUAGGCAUUUUUCUGGACCAACUGCUUCCUCUGUUUCUUCUCUUGCCCUU